CCCCGUCCGCCAUGUCCGCCGAAGCCCGCCUCGCUUCCCCACCCAACGACCGUCCGGCCAAGAGAGCCAGGAUCGAGUCGACUCCUGCAGGCGAGUUGAAGCCGUAUUGUGAAACUGACGUCGGUAUUACCGAGUACAUCAAUCCUUCCGCGCCCGGUUUUUCGGCCAUCAUCAAGCAGAGGUACACCGAUUUCUUGGUCAACGAGAUUGAUCUCGAGGGAAAUGUUGUGCACUUGACCGAGUUGAGGCAGAAGGAGGACAAGAAGCCUGAGACUGAGGCUACGAGUGGGGAGAAGAAGGAGGAGGUGAAGAAGGACUUUGAGAUCACUCCCGAGGGACGCGCGGAGAUGGCUGCUCUCAUCGGCGAGGAGUGCUUGGAGAAGGUUAUCCAGCUCGUCAACACCAACGGUGCAUCCGCCGCCUCCGGUCCCGUCCUCACCCGUGCGGACCUCGACAAAGAUGAGCGUACAAACGUCCACCAAACGACCCGCAAGGUCUUCCCCGGCAUGUUCGAAACCGAAAUGAUCGAAACCGGCGCCAUCAAGUUCACUCUUCUCAAAAAGAAACAGCGCAACCAACGUGGCGGAGACCGCUCAAAGCCCCGAGUAAAUCGUCAGGUCGAGCAGAAGACUUGGGAGGAGUUGGGUGGCGAGUUCUGUCAUUUCUACCUCUACAAGGAGAAUAAGGAUACGAUGGAGUGUGCGUCUAUCUUGGCCAAGUUGCUCAAGAUCUCGAACAAAUCUAUUGGCUUUGCGGGAACGAAGGAUAGGCGUGGUUGUACCGUCCAGCGCUUCUCUAUCCACCGAAUCAAGCACGAACGUCUGCAGAACCUGAACAAGUCUCUCUACGGCUUCAAGAUCGGUAACUUCAGCUACAGUCCCCACCAGCUGGCAUUGGGCCAGCUCAAGGGCAAUGAGUUCACAAUUACUCUCCGUAACGUCAAGGCCGAGAACGUGGAACAGAUCAACACCGCCAUGCAAACCCUGAAAGAACAAGGUUUCAUCAACUACUUUGGUAUGCAGCGCUUCGGUACUUCGUCGAUCGGAACCCAUGACGCUGGAAUCCUACUCCUCCAGUCCAACUGGGAAGCAGCUGUCGAGCUCAUCCUCGCCGAACGUAAGUUCAUGCGUGCAGAAUCUGUCGAAGCUAGACGAGUUUGGAAAGAGACCAAGGACCCCGCGAAGGCCCUGAAGUUGAUGCCGAGAAACUGUGUGGCUGAGUAUGCUGUGCUGCAGGCUAUGGUUAACACUGGUAACACCAGAAACUACUCUGCUGCGUUCCAGGCUGUGCCUAGGAACCUGAGGUUGUUGUAUGUACACAGUUACCAGUCUUACGUCUGGAACUUGGUUGUGAGCGAGAGAAUCAAGAACUUUGGAUUGAAGCCCGUCGUCGGAGACUUGGUUCUUGUGGAAGAGGAGAAGGUCGAAGGAAAGACUCAGGAUGUUGUUGAUGAGGAGGCUCCCGAGCUCGAGACUUCUACCAUGCACAACAAUGACGCGCCUGUCGUCAGCACUGUGCCCAAGGUCAAGAUUCUCACGCAGGAGGAUGUGGACAGCGGCAAGUACACCAUUCACGACAUCGUCCUUCCUACCCCUGGUACCGAAAUUCAGUACCCAAAGAACGACACCAAGCAAGCAUACGUCGACAUCAUGGCCAAGGACUCCCUCAACCCUUUCGACAUGUACCGCUCCGUCCGCGAACUCUCCCUCACCGGAAACUACCGCAAGAUCGUCUACCGUCCCUCCACCGUAUCCUGGGAAAUCGUCAAGUACUCCGACGGAGACAAACAGCUCGUUCGUACCGAUCUUGAUUUGUUGAUGAACACGAAUGUCGAGGCGGGGGAGAGGGGUCAGGAUGGUGCGUUUACGGCGAUUGUGGUCAAGUUAGCGUUGGGGACGAGUCAGUAUGCUACGAUGGCUUUGAGGGAGGUGUUGAAGAUGGAUACGAGCUCGAAUUUCCAGGCGGCGAUGACGGCGAAGGGGGAGGACAAACUGCCCGUGGAGUAGGUCAAGCGACGGCAGAACAAUUGGAUUAGGAGGACGGUUCUCAUUAGACAAAUUGACAAUCCAAUAGCAUUGCAUAUAUGUCCCCUG